AAUUCUUCCGAGAGCCACAAUUGUGCCAAAAGCAUCUUGACCUCAGACAGACUGCAGAUAGUUGUGACCCUUUCAGGGUUCUUUAAUGAAACCUGGGAGGCAGCCAACUGUGCAAAUUGUUUAAAGAACAACAGCGAGGGAUUGUCAAAUUCUACUGUGGAAUUCCUGGAUUUAUUCAAUAAAUCUCUGACAUGUUUUGAACAUAACCUUCAGGGACAAAUGGUCUAUCUGUCACCAAAUAACUACACAGAAGUAUGUAAAAACUGCAAUGAAACCUACAGAAUGUUGAACGACCUGUACAACAACUUGCAGAGGAUGAACAGGCAAGGUGGGGAGUCUGGGCACUCUGCACACUUGUGCAUCGACGUGGAAGAUGCUAUGAACAUCACCCGGAAGCUUUGGAGCAGGACUUUCAACUGCUCUGUUCCCUGCAGUGACACAGUCCCAGUGAUUGCAGUUUCAUCCUUUAUUCUCUUCCUCCCUGUUGUUUUUUACCUCAGUAGCUUCCUCCACUCCAAGCAGAAGAAACGGAUCCUGAUUUUACCCAAACGCAUCCAGUCAAAUGCCAGUCUUGUGAACAUCCAAGAAAAAUACAGCUGAGCUGCAAAACAAAACCUGAGAACUGCUGCUGGUUCCACAGUGGGUGCAAUUGUGUUGGAAUGAGGCCGGCACAAAAGAGGAGUUAAUUAUGGUUUAGUGUAAUGAUACAGAGCAACACAAGUUAAACAAAAUGCUGUCUGACUUCUAAGCAAGGAUAUUAACAAGCAUGACAAGGCAGGGCUGUGGGACACUGUGUGGACUCUGGUUUUGGGGAAAAAAAAAACAGUGUUUUUUC